AUGCCUGAAGGAGAAGCUACCGCGGUCCCCACGCAGAGCAAAGGAUCAUGGAUGUCUUUCCUAAAGUCUAUUGCCUCAUUCAAUGGCGACUUGGCCUCACUGACCGCUCCUGCAUUCAUUCUAUCAACACAGUCCCUAGUUGAAUUCUCGGCAUAUUGGACAGAAAACACCUCCUUAUGGAUUGCACCAACUCAAGAGAAAGACCCAGCCAAACGUGCUCUUCUUGUCCUCAAAUGGCUCCUCAACACAUUGAAACAGCAAUAUUGUUCACGCUCUGAGAAAUUGGGCUCUGAAAAGAAGCCUCUCAAUCCCUUCCUAGGAGAACUAUUCAUCGGCCAUUGGGAUGAUGAGUUUGGACAAACAACCCUUGUUUCUGAGCAAGUUAGCCAUCAUCCUCCUGUCACUGCCUACUGCAUUACCAAUCAUGAACAUCGGAUUCAGCUCCAGGGCUACAAUGGUCAGAAGGCGAGUUUUAGUAGUACGAUCUAUAUCAAACAGAUUGGUCAUGCGCUGUUGACCUUAUGCGCCCCUAGCAGCGACGUUCCGGAGACAUAUCUGAUUACUCUACCUGCGUUGCACAUUGAGAGUCUGAUACAUGGUGCGCCUUUUGUCGAGUUGGGCAAGUUCAUCCAUAUAGUAUCUAGCACGGGCUACAUUUCCAAGAUCGAUUUCUCUGGCAAGGGAUGGGUUUCGGGCAAAAAGAACAGCUUUACCGCAUCGUUGUGGAAAGAUGGAGAAGGAUCCGAAAAGAAUCCUAUAUACACUGGGUCUGGGCAAUGGUCAGACACAUUCACAUUGAAAGAAGGCGAUGGUAAACGAGCAAAAGAGCUGCAGACAUUUAAGCCAGCGGACAUCAGACUGUCUAGAAUCAACGUGGCAUCCCUCGAAGAGCAAGAUGUUCUUGAAAGCAGAAAAGCAUGGGCAAACGUUGCGCGAAGUAUUGAGAGGGGCGACAUGGAUGCGACAUCGCACUUCAAAUCUCGAAUCGAGAAUGCCCAGCGUGCCCUCCGCAGGAAGGAGCAAGAGGAGAAACGGGAGUGGCAGAGAGUUUUCUUUUCGCACGCCGAACCCAACAGCCCGGGCGAACAGGCGUUCCAGUCCUUGGUUCAGAAGAUCAGCGGUUUUGGGCCCAGUAAUUGGGAGGGAGUUGCACCCGAAAAGACAGGAGGUAUAUGGAGAUACGAUGAGAAGAAAGCGCAUGUUGCAAAGAAGCCGUUUCAUAAAGAUGGAUUACAAGCGUUGGGAGAGAAUGCAGAUGGAACCAGCGCCUCCAUCAGCAGAGUCACGACAAGUCAGAGCAGUAUUGCGAAUUGA